GGGGAGGGGGGCGUGCGUCUGGGGGGGCUCCUGCGGCCCCGUUUUGCCUUUGGCGUUGCGUGGGCGGAGACGCGGGGCCCCCGGCGGCCGGCCCGCUCGAGCGUCCCUGCCCUCUGAGAGAAGGUCGCGUUUGCGGAGCGCGGUUCGGGAGCUCUCCUCCAUGCCGGGCAAGUGGUGCGGUCCUGAGCUGCUCCUGGAGCCUGAACGACGCCCGUGAGAAGCCCGCAGAACGCGGGUUCUGAGAAUAGACGUGGGGAAGAUUCGAUUCCGAGAAAAGGAAGAGCCGGAUUGAAAGGGAGCGAGACCGCUGAGGGGGAGGGGGCUGCCAAGAUGGCGUCCGCCUCCUCGGGGUCAUCGGCGGCCGGGUUUUCAUCCCCUGACGCCGGAGUCCCUCCCGGUACCGCAGCAGCAGCAUCUGGAAUCAAAAGAGCCACAGGAUCUGAGGGACCUUAUGCCUCCGUCAUGCCUAUCAAGAAAAUAGGCCACCGAAGUGUUGAUCCCUCUGGAGAAACUACAUAUAAAAAGACAACUUCAUCAGCCUUGAAAGGUGCCAUCCAGUUAGGCAUCACCCACACUGUGGGCAGCCUGAGUACGAAGCCAGAGCGAGAUGUCCUCAUGCAAGACUUCUACGUGGUGGAGAGUAUCUUCUUUCCCAGUGAAGGGAGCAACCUCACACCGGCUCAUCAUUACAAUGACUUUCGUUUCAAGACCUAUGCACCUGUUGCCUUCCGUUACUUUAGAGAGCUAUUUGGCAUCCGGCCUGAUGAUUACUUGUACUCCCUUUGCAGUGAGCCAUUGAUUGAACUCUCCAACUCUGGAGCUAGUGGUUCCCUCUUCUAUGUGUCCAGUGAUGAUGAAUUCAUCAUUAAGACAGUCCAGCAUAAAGAAGCAGAAUUUCUGCAGAAGUUGCUUCCAGGGUACUACAUGAAUCUUAAUCAAAACCCUCGAACUUUGCUGCCUAAGUUCUAUGGACUGUACUGUGUGCAAGCAGGCGGCAAGAACAUACGAAUCGUGGUGAUGAACAAUCUCUUACCUCGGUCAGUCAAAAUGCAUAUGAAAUAUGACCUGAAGGGUUCAACUUAUAAACGGCGGGCUUCUCAGAAAGAACGAGAGAAACUUCUCCCCACCUUUAAAGACCUGGACUUCCUACAAGAUAUCCCUGACGGUCUUUUUUUAGAUGCUGACAUGUACAGUGCUCUGUGUAAGACUCUGCAACGUGACUGUUUGGUGCUACAGAGCUUCAAGAUAAUGGACUAUAGCCUCCUGAUGUCAAUCCACAACAUAGAUCAUGCACAACGAGAGCCCAUAAACAAUGAAGCACAACACGCAGUUGACACGCGAAGACCAGCCCCACAGAAGGCUCUCUAUUCUACAGCCAUGGAAUCCAUCCAGGGCGAGGCUCGACGGGGUGGCACUGUGGAGACUGAGGACCACAUGGGUGGCAUCCCUGCCCGGAAUAACAAAGGGGAAAGGCUCCUGCUUUAUAUUGGCAUCAUUGAUAUUCUGCAGUCUUACAGGUUUGUUAAGAAGUUAGAGCACUCUUGGAAAGCACUGGUACAUGAUGGGGACACAGUAUCAGUGCAUCGUCCUGGCUUCUAUGCUGAACGGUUCCAGCGCUUCAUGUGCAACACAGUGUUCAAGAAGAUUCCCUUGAAGCCUUCUCCUUCCAAAAAGUUUCGGUCUGGCUCGUCUUUCUCUCGGCGAUCAGGCCCCAGCGGCAACUCCUGCAUUACUUACCAGCCAUCGGUCUCUGGGGAACACAGAGCACAAGUGACAACCAAGGCGGAAGUGGAGCCAGAUGUACACCUUGGGCGUCCUGAUGUCUUGCCUCAGACUCCACCUUUGGAGGAAAUCAGUGAAGGCUCACCUGUUCCUGGCCCCAGUUUCUCACCUGUAGUUGGAGAGCCUUUGCAAAUACUAAAUUUGAGUUCAGCCUUGGAAAAGCUUGAAGUUGCAGAGUCCGAGUUCACCCAUUGAGCAGUGAGCCUCAGAAGACUAAAACAAGACUCUACUAUCGCUUUGAUCCCAAGAUGUCAGCCCUUGGUCAUCAGAAGAGGAGAGGAGUGUGGAGCCAUCAGGGCUCUCCAGCGCAGUGUCUCCCUUCCUCUGGGCAUUAGUGCCUUUGACAGUUGAGGGCAGCAGCGCCCCCACCUCCCUAGAAUUGGGUGGCAUGAAUUUUCCCUGGGCUAGUCAUGGCAUCUGUAACUGAAUGUUUUCAAACCCCGAUUCUUCGUGCAGAUGUGGGGUUGCUGGACUAGGUGGUUUUCUUCUCUUCACCUUUCACCUGGAGCUGGACUCUUAAUUUCCUCAGGAUAGACUAGCUGGACAUUGUUCCCACCUUCACUCUUCCCUCUGGUCUUUGAGAAGAUCACAGUGAUUUUUAUAAAGGUUUUUUGGGGGAGAGUAAGGAUGAUCCUACUCCCAGCCGUCUUUCUUCCUUACAAAAGGAAAAGAACAAACAGCACAUGACAUCAAUUUGAGCCAGUCUCAGAUAAAAGUUCUACAAGUGUUAAGAAGAGCCCUAGUGUUUGUGAAACAGAAAGGCUGUGAUUGCCCCACCAGCAAGCAGCUGCUCCCUCUCUCCGACUUAGGGUUGAGGGAGUAGAGAGGGUGUGGCCACCUGCACCCCUUGUAAAGAGAGUGGGGCAGCCUUGUUAGCAGAGUAGACCUUAGCAGGACUCUACGCACUGCCGGGUCGUACAAUUAUUACUAUUUUGCAAUUUGGAAUGUAUUCUAAUAGUUUUUCUAAAUAUAAAGAAUUAUCAAAUGAUUUUAAACCAUUCUCCAAAGGAGAUUUCUUUGUUCUUCCCUUAUUUUCCAACAGUAUUGUGCUCUUUGUGGAGCUAUGGUGGAGGGAGACAUUUGUGUCUGUUUAACAGGCAGUCUGUAUCUAUGAGGCUAGAGAAUAUUUUCUUAAACUCCUGGGGAGCCACAGACUUCCCUCAGUUGGGUGAUUGCUGUGCCGCCUGGCCUGCCCCUUGCUCUGAGAGAGAAGCUGGAAGCGGGUCUCAGGUGCCCUCUCCUCCCUCUCAGGGCUGUGGUCUGUUGGGCCGGCCUUUGGGGCAGUGCACAUGUUUCAGGCAGGCUGUUGAAAUCUCACCUUGUUCCUUCUCCACCCCAUCCCACCUCGAUAGCAAGUUUGCCUGUCCCCCAAGUAACUGUCUAUAUUAGACACCCCCAGCCAGUUUCUGGCUGCCUGUCUUUGCUGCCAUGUUCUUUUUUACAAGAAGGAAAGAAACAAUUCUUGCUAUUUUUUUUCAUAAUUUACUAUUUAUGAUGUAUUUAAGUGUUUUAUUCAGGACAGAGUUCUGUAAGGGGUGGGAGGGACUAUUUCAGGGAGGGCUAGGACUUAGGGAAAAGACAUGGGGAUUCAACAUUUUUAUGGAGUGUUAUUAUUUGUCUCUACUUUGUAUUGUUGAAAAAUGACAAAUGCAAUAUAAAAGUAAUAAAUAUCUGGUUUUAAUGUAUUAAAAUUUAUCAAUUUUUA